AUAUGUUUUCCAAUCGACUUGGGUUUUAGCAGAUCUAAGAAACGUGCAGAAGCAGAAGGGUUCAGGCAAUUGCAAUAAAACACCAAAAUUUUGAUGGAAACUUUUGAAAAAUGGUGUUGCCAGAGCGGAUGGUAGCUCUGGCACGAUCUAAGUGGACUCGGACAAAGACUGUGUUCUUUAUUACUAAAUGUAAUUUUGCCAAAGCUAUUUAAACUUUGUAUAGAAAUGGUAAUGGCAACACCAAUAGAAGCAUCUCAGAGAAAUUGAAAACAAUGUGCAAGCAAGGGCUAUUGGGUGAGGCGCUGAAUGUAUUAUAUACCUUGGACUGCAGAGGCAUUUUACCAGACUUCUACCUUUAUUCCGCUCUGCUGCAGGAAUCCCUCAAUGCGAAAUCUCUGCCACAAGGCAAAUUAGUUCAUACCCACAUGCUUCAAUCUGGAUUUGAACCAGAUGUUUUCUUAGAAACUAAACUUCUGGUCGUCUAUAUAAAGUGCCAAAAACUGGAGGAGGCGCGCUACUUGUUUAACAAAAUGCCGGAGCGAAAUGUAGUAUCAUGGAAUGCGAUGAUUGGAGCUCAUGCCAGGAGUGGGUGCUACGAGGGAGCAUUAAAGCUCUUUUACCAAAUGGAAGAAUCAGGGAUUAGGUUUGAUGGGUUUACAAUUGCGAGUGAUAUUCCCGCGUGUGCAAGUUUGGCUGAAUUGGAGUAUGGUAGAAAAAUUCACGAGGGUAUUGUUGGGAGUGGAUUGAAGUUUGUUGCACGCAAUGUGUUUGACAAUAUGCCUGAGCUGAAUGUAGUGUCUUGGACUGCGAUGAUUGGAGGAUAUAAACUGUUUUCGGAAAUGCGUCUUGCAGGUGUGGAGCUAGAUUCGUUUACCCUUGUUGGCGUGCUUCAGACAUGCAGAAACUUUGAAGGUUUACAACGGGAUAAGGAGGAGGUCCAUAAAUGCAUAAUUAGAAGUGGAUUUCAGACGCAUAUUUUUGUAGGGAAUGCCCUUGUUGAUAUGUAUGUGAAAUGUGGAAGCAUUGAGGACGCACGACAAGUGUUUGAAAAUAUGCCUGCAAAGAGUGUGGUCUCUUGGACAUCUAUGAUUGCAGGGUAUGUGAAGGAUGGCUACGUCGAAGAGGCCGUUGGGUAUUUUCGGAAAAUGCCAGAACGAAAUGUUGUAUCUUGGACCGUGAUGGUUACAGGAUACGCACAGAUUGGAUGUGUUGAUGAGGCCUUGAAACUCUUUCAGGAAAUGCCUGAUCGGAAUGUGGUUUCUUGGACUGCAAUGAUCUCAGGAUACACAAAAAAUGGAAAUUUUCUCGAGGCAUUGAACUUGUUUGGAGAAAUGCAAUUAAAUGGCGUGAAGCCAAAUUCCGACACCUUUGGAGAUAGCUAUUCGUUAUGGAGGGGCAUUGCACCAGUAAAUGUUGUGUCAUGGAAUGCAAUCAUUACAGGAUUGGUACAAGAGGGUUAUUUUGAUGAGGCUCAAAAACUCUUUCAGGAAAUGCCGGAACGCGAUAUGGUAUCUUGGAUUGCAAUGAUUUCAGGAUAUGCACAGAAUGGAUGUUUUGAUAAAGCGCUAUUGCUGUUUGGGGAAAUGCAACGGCUAGAUUUGAAGCCAAGCUCAACAAUCUUUGCAACUGCUCUUUCAUCAUGUUCCAACUUGGCCACUCUUUUUGUAGGUAAGGAAGUUCAUGGACUCAGUAUUAGAAGGGAAUUUCGGGACAUUUUUGUGGGUAAUGCUCUAAUUGACAUGUAUGCCAAAUGUGGGAGCAUCCAGGAUGCAUACAUUGUGUUUGAAAAAAUGCCCACAAGAGAUGUAGUCUCAUGGAAUGCUAUCAUUUUAGGAAAUGCUAUUCAUGGGUGUGCCAACAAAGCCCUUGAAAUCUUUCAACAAAUGCAACAUUCGAGCACAAAGCCGGAUCAGAUCACCUUCAUUGGUGUUUUAUCUGCUUGCUGCCAUGCAGGCCUAGUGGAUGAUGGUCGUUAUUACUUCAGUUUUAUGAAUCAUCAUUACCAAAUCACACUAGCAAUAGAGCACUAUUGCUGUGUGGUUGACCUUCUUGGCCGUGCAGGGGGACUUUUGGAUGAGGCACAAGAUUUCAUCAGUAAAAUGCCAUUGAAACCCAAUGCUGAUGUAUGGGGAUCUUUGCUCGGUGCUUGUAGAAUUCAUAACAACACAGACUUAGGAGAACGUGUAGCCAAAUGCCUUUUUGAAUCUGACAAUAAACAUGCUGCACAGUAUGUGCUUCUGUCAAAUAUGUAUGCUGCAGCUGGCAGGUGGGGUGAUGUAGAAAAAGUGAGGGUAACAAUGAAACAGGAGGGAGUAGAAAAAACUCCUGGAUGUAGCUAGAUUGAGAUCAAUAACAAGAUGUAUGCAUUCCUCGUGGAAGACAAAUCAAACGUGCAAACCCAAUGAAUUUUGUGAAUUUAGACAGCGUUUGGGCUGUUGAGAGAAUAAAGAGUUUUCCUCGUAUGAAUUUCAUGACAUUCAGGAAGGGAAGGAGAAAAUUCUUCGCCAUUGGCAGUACAAAUAGCAGAGAUUUGAAGUACAUCUCAUCUCAUCUAUCCAUCCCCUGAGACACCUAAUUGCAUUGUCAAUUAUUGACUGUUGCCGGCCAUCACGAUGCCACGUCUGGAAAAUAGUUGGGCCAAAAGUUUUUUCAAGAAAUGACAAGUAUUUCCAUCAGGUUACGUGUCAGAGUAUCUGCAAUACUUAUUCCCAAACUAAAAUAACAAGCAGCAAGCAUAAGAAUGCAACCCCAUUCAGGCGGUGCAGGUUCUAAAAUCAUAGAAAGAUAGGUUACGUUUAAUGAGAAAACAAAUGCUUUAGGAUU